AUGCCUUCACCUUCGCCCUCCUUCCACCGCGCCAUCACCAUCCCAGCCCGUGCCAGUCCGGCUCUGACUGCUUCCUACUACAAUGGCUCCCUCCAAUCCACCCCCGAAGGCAUCGUCCCCGUCUCAUCCUCGUUGCCUGCCAUUCCCUCCUACACCCUUCCCGAGUCGCUACUACCGCCCCCCGUCGCCUCACCAGCUCCCACCUCGUCGCCUUCGGCCAUGGCCGAAGCUCUCGGAAAGGGCCCUGGCCUGAUUCGACGAGUGAGCCGUGGCGCACAAGGUAUCCCCAACCGCUUCCGUCGCGGCAACGCAAACACACAGCGCGACAAGAGCUCUGGUCCCGUCAUUAUGCGCCGUCGCAGCGACAGCAGGACUGCCGCCGACGCCGAAGCCCCCCUCUCCGACUUUGACGCCUUUGAGGAGGAAGAGGCCAUUGAAGAUCCCUUUGAGCCCUGCCUUGGCCUUGGCAUCUCCAACUCGACCCCCAGCAUCAGCUCAAUCCCAGACGCCGCCGUCGUCGCCCCCGUACGCAACGCCCGCCUGGAACAAGGAACCGUCCUAAGGAAGAUUACCAAGAAAGAGAAGAAGGAAAUCAACCUACGCCUUGACCUUGAAUCCGCAAAGGUCUUCUGGGACCCCUCAAGACCCUCCAAGGCCUUUUACAUUGAUGAUGUAAAGGAGAUCCGCUCAGGUCCAGAGGCCAAGCACUACCGCGAGGAGUGUGGUCUCUCGGAGAACUGGGCGCCCUACUGGUUUACCAUCGUCUACACCGAUACCACACGCUCUAAAGGCCGCAUAAGGACUAUGCACUUGAUUGCACCUGACGUCGGCAUCUUCAACAUGUGGACCCAGACGCUCGAGUCAGUAUCACGCAACCGCAUUGACCUCAUGGCCGGCCUCCUUGGCUUUGCUGACAAGAGCGCUAAGCUCGUCUGGCAACGUGCCAUGAAGAAGCGAGGCGAGAGUGAAGAAUCUCUCGACUUCCCUAGCACUGUUGAGUUGUGCCGCAGCUUGCACAUCAACUGCACCGAAGCGACACUCCGCGCCUAUUUCCAAAAGGCCGAUACUCUGGACGCCGGAAAACUUAACCAAUCCCAGUUUCUGUCCUUUGUCCGACGCCUAAAGGAGCGCAAGGAUAUCAAGAUGAUCUACAAGUCUUACACCUCAGGAUCCAAGAUUGAAAUGGACAAGGUCACCUUCUUCUCCUUCCUGCAGAAAGAGCAAGGCAUCGAUGUCAACACAGAUCUCGACUACUGGACGGCCACCUUUGAAAAGUUUGCCCGCGCUACAAGGCCAAGGGCGACUGCCACGCCAACCGAAGGCGGUGAAGUCCCACUACCAUUGUCGAUGAACUUCCCUGGCUUCCAGACAUACCUCACAUCUGCUGCCAACCACCCCCUCAGGUCGGUCGGUAAGAAGCAAGAGCUGAACCGACCCUUGAACGAGUACUACAUCUCCAGCUCUCACAACACAUACCUUCUUGGUCGACAAGUCGCAGGCGAGUCAAGCACUGAGGCCUACAUUACCGCGCUUCAGAAGGGUUGCCGGUGCCUCGAGAUUGACUGCUGGGACGGCGCUGACAACAUCCCCGUUGUGAUGCACGGCCGCACCUUGACCAAGAGCAUCCUGUUCCAGGACACCAUCAAGGUCAUCAACAAAUACGCCUUUACAGAGUCGCCCUACCCGGUCAUUCUUUCGCUUGAAGUGCACUGCUCCGCGAUCCAGCAAUCCGCCAUGGCCAAGAUCAUGAUCCAAGAAUUCGGCGACAAGCUGGUUCUUCAGCCAUUGGACUUUGAGUCACAGUCGCUUCCUAGCCCCGAGGAACUGAAGCAUCGAAUUCUGAUCAAAGUCAAGGCCGCAGCUGGUGAAGACUUUGAUACCAGGGCUCUCGUGGGCGAAAUCACGUCCCGAAGACAGCGCAGCUACAGCUCUCCCUGGUCCCGACCAGUGCAUCUGAACGACAACCUUAUUCCGAACUCGCCUCUUCUUUCCAGUCCCUCUUCGUUUAGCCCGCCAGAGCGAGCCGCUACGUUUUGGGCGACACCGCGAACUUCAAACAACACGCUGCCCACUUCGGCCGUUGUUAGCUCAGCUGAAGACAGCGACAGCCCAAAUGUGACUACCGCUGAAACCACCGAGCUUGCAGAUGACCGACGCAAGCCGAAGAAGAACAAGACUAGUAACAUUACAAGGGAGCUUGGCAAUCUCGGUGUAUACACUAAAGGAGUCAAGUUCACCGACUUCGCUAGUGCAAGUGCAAACACUUACAACCACGUCUUCUCGAUCAACGAGCGAGCUUUCGAUAAGCUUACCAAGCCUGGAGCUCGCGAAAAGCACCUGCUUGAGGAACACAACAUGCGGUGCCUCAUGCGUGUAUACCCUCACGCUUUCCGCAUCAACUCGUCAAACUUUGAUCCUCUCAAGUGCUGGCGUCGCGGUGUUCAGAUGGCUGCUCUGAACUGGCAAACGUACGAUCUUGGCCAACAGCUAAACGAAGCCAUGUUUGCGAGUGGUGACGACCGCACGGGCUACGUCCUCAAGCCUGCCGCGCUCCGUCUGGAGUCACCCAACAUCGACCACAAGAAGGCACCCAAGAAGGAAGUCAAGUUCACUGUGCAGAUCAUCUCCGCUCAACAGCUACCGCGCCCCCGCGGUCUAGGCCAGGAAGCUAACAUCAACCCGUAUGUCGAGUUUGAGAUGUACUGUGCAGAAGACAUGGGUGCGAAUGCCACUGGUGUUGGUGGACAGGAUGCGUCAGCUCGCAACGGCCAUUCCGGGAUCGGCAACCCUCUGCGCAAGCGUACUCGCAUCGUCGAGGGCAAUGGGUACAACCCCGAGUUUGGUAACGAAAUUGAUAUGACAGUCACGACAAGGUAUCCCAGUCUUGUCUUCGUCCGCUGGACUGUCUGGAACUCGCUCGAUGCACGCACAACCAACCAUGCCCCUCUUGCUACCUUUACCGCCAAGCUCAACAGCAUCCAACAGGGUUACCGCCAUCUCCCGCUCUACGACAGCAAUGGCGAGCAAUACCUGUUCUCCACCCUGUUCUGCAAAAUCAAGAAGCAAGACAUUGUCGAUGCACCCGAACCUUCAGGCAUCGCUUCCUGCGGAUCGUCCAUUGAGCCAGCCAGCCCGCUUCAAGAGCCUACAAGCGCUAAAUCGAGCCGCAACUUUGUCAGGCGCUUGAUUAGCCGUGCGCCCAGUGAGCGCAGAAGACGCAAAGAUGAGCAGCAGCGCACCGGAAGCGAGUCGCGCGAAUCCGACUUUGACACAAUUAGCCGCUCGAGUACCUUUGAGCGAUAG